ACUAGUAUAAAUAAUGACACAAGAGGCAGACUGCCAAGGUCAGUCACAUAGUGCAUUACGUAACGUUUUCUAUCCCUUGUCUGAAGUACUAGUAGUACCUUGUUUAGCACGGGACCCUCUUUAGGUUUGGCUAGACUGAUUACGACACAACAAUAUCCUGCAAAUUCUCUGGGCCAAGCAACCCCAUGGUUCCCUUUCUUACAGUUGUAGCAUGUGUCCCUUUCGGAUCUUGGUGACACUGCCCACCUUGUCACGACGGCAUCACACAUGAACCCGGACGGCACCGCGCGCCACAAAUGUGCAGUUUGCGUGGCUUGCUCCGUCCCUCUCGUUAGUUGCCCUGCUCUAGUGGGAUUCAUGAUAAUCUCACUACGGUUUGAUCAAGAUGUCUACCUUGAAUUAUUGAUUGCGCCGUGAACUGUUGAAGGUGCAAGAGUAGGAUGAAUCAGGUUAGCGAGGAGCCAAGGGAUGAUCCGUCCAAGAGGGUGAGCGGGGCCGCGCCGGCGGCGGCACGCGCCGGCUGCUUCGACUGCAACAUCUGCCUGGACUUCGCGGUGGAGCCGGUGGUCACCCUCUGCGGCCAUCUCUACUGCUGGCCUUGCAUCUACGAGUGGCUGCGCCGCGACGCCGCCGGCGGCACCAUCUCGACGGCAGGGCGGCCGUGCCCCGUGUGCAAGGCCGCGCUCACGCUGGACUCGCUCGUGCCGCUCUACGGCCGUGGCGGCAGCCGGUCCGGCAAGUCACGGCUCCGCCCGGCCCUUCCGCGCCGGCCGACCGUGCACCGGGGAGCCGUCGAGCAACAGAGCGCGCGAACCAGCGGUGGCAGUAGCCACCGGCGUGUGAUCGUGGAACCCGAUUCGCCGACUCGUUCAUCCCGACACGCGCGUGUCGGUGCCGCGCAGUUCGACAUCCUGUACCCUCCUCCCGCCCAGGGGCGCGGAAUGAAUGCGAUGAACUCGACGACCGGCGGGGUGCUCGGCGGGAUGGCCCUGGCGUUGCUCCCCUGGGUGUUCGGUGGCCAGGCGCCGGCGCCGAGCUACCCCCUGGGCGAGCUGCAAAACCUGAGCCCUAGGCUGAGGCGGCAGCACAUGGAGGUGGAGAGGUCUUUGCAUCAGUUAUUGUUCUUCCUCUUUGUGUUUGUAGUGCUGUGCCUGCUCUUGUUCUGAUCUCCCGGAGGACAUUCGUGCAGCUUCUGUACAUAUAGCGUGUGGUGUACAUAGUAAAAUUCUAAAAGAG